GUCCCAUGGCUAUGGCCUGGCCAAUCCGCUUCAAGCUUGAUGCUCCUAGUCUUACUGUCCGGCGGAGGCUGCUGUGAACGCUGGCGGGAGCGAGUUUCUUUCUUUCUCUCGGGCAGACCGCGAAGGGAACGGGUUUGUGACGUUUGGAGGGAAACAUAUUUUUGAAACUUUUCAUACGCUUUCUGUCCGGAUCUGAAGGUUUGAGUCCCCCCUCUUGUCAGGAACAAAAAACUUCGAAAACCUUUGGUGUGUGGAUGCAGAAAAUGAAGAUCUGGUACCAAGACUCAUUUUAAAUAAGCGACGUAUAAAUACAGGAAAUUAUUCACUUUCGUAAGGAAAAAAUAUACUUUUUAGUUUUAGUAAGGAGCUGUCACCCCCUGUUAGAGCGCACGGUUCUCUGUAACUAGAUCCUCAGCAGUGCAAAGACGGGAUUUGGGGGUUUCUACGCAGUUUUGUCCCUUUGAGUGACUCGGAUAAUUAUUGUUUUGCACCGCGAGUUGGCCGGGCAGCUGCAGAAAUGGCGAAGGUGCAAGUGCUGAACGUUGCCGUCCUGGACAACCCGAGUCCCUUCGGAAACCCCUUCCAGUUUGAAAUCACUUUCGAGUGCAUGGAAGACCUUCCCGAAGAUUUGGAGUGGAAGAUCAUUUAUGUGGGUUCUGCCGAGAGUGAGGAAUAUGACCAAACUCUUGAUUCUGUUCUCGUUGGUCCAGUUCCAGCAGGAAGACACAUGUUUGUGUUCCAGGCGGAUGCCCCGAACACCAGCCUCAUUCCGGAGAGUGACGCGGUGGGUGUGACGGUGGUCUUGAUCACCUGCACCUACAGAGGCCAGGAGUUCAUUCGGGUUGGCUACUAUGUCAACAACGAGUACACUGACCCAGAGCUCCGGGAAAACCCCCCUCUCAAACCAGACUAUUCACAGCUCCAGAGAAAUAUCUUGGCCUCUAAUCCACGUGUCACACGCUUUCACAUCAACUGGGAGGGCACUCCAGACAAGAUGGAGGACUUGGAGAAUGUCGACCCAGCGCCCAACACCAUGCUGCCCCCAAGCUGCACCCCCAGUAAGAGCCCUGGGCUCAGCCUGGUACCUGAUAACUCCAUGGACUGCUUGUAGACGUGUGUUUACUUAGCCACCCCCUAACUCUCCCCACACACACCUUCACUGCCAGCAAAGCCUUAAAGCACUUCCUGACAACGGGCCCCAAGAGAUUGCUUGAUCUCCCUCCGAAAUGAAUCCUUUCAAGCAGGUCAACAGUGUGCCCACUCCCACCUGGAAGAUCGUCUUUCCUCCAUGGGGGCAAAUCUCACAAGUCUCUCUGGGCUUUGGGAGUUGGGAUGUUUCAUCUUUCACUUCUCAUAAAUGGGACACCUUUUCGUAAGAAACUGCUCUCUGUGAGAAGUAAUGCCAAACUGCUGAUUCACAAAGGACAUCAGCAAAUCACAGUAUACACUGUUUAAUCUUCGUCUGUACCAGGAAAAUAGGAGAUUUAAGGGGGACAGGCAUUGAGAUAGGUGUUGUAAACAUCUGUAUAUAUGUUUUUCUUUUUUUCAUGUAUUCCAAAUAAAUUCUCACCUGUUCCUUUUUUGUAUUUUGUUGUAUUCUACACAAAGCUUUAUAAAUGGUACUAUUAAAAGUUUUUUAAUUCUUAAAUAUAGUGAUACACUCUGGUGGGCAUGUGGGUAUCUUGGUAAAGGAGUACAAGUUCAUGAAAGCUCACAGAUGAGAAAGCGGUAAAGUCUUUUUUUUGUGUGACCGGUGUAUACAGACAUCUGUGCUUGUGAUGGGUAUGUAAUUAUUUCUCCACACUGUGGCUUGGCAACUCUUCCAUGUACCCUGAACAGAAUCUCUUGCAGUGGAAUUAUGUUCCUUUACAACAAUAUGGUGAAGGUCUGAAUAUUUCUUACCAUAGGUAACAACUUUACAUUUGGAAUAUUAAAACAAAUUAGGGAGAAAGGGAAUCUUAGCUUCUGACAAGACAUUGGUGAUCUCAUGUUUUGUACUAACAUAGUGCAGAACAACACUAAGGUUUACAAUAAGUGCCAAGUGAUGUAUUACUUAAGCAGUGUCAUCGAUGCUGACUGUAGUAAAUAGUAGAUCUUUCAUUGUGGCUGGAUCUAAAUGUGGAAAAGAUGCUUGCAGAAAAUGUUUUAACAACACUGCUAACCAUUUUCUGUUCCAGUUUUUCUUAUUCCCGAUAGCUAAUUUUGUUGUACUGAAGCUGCAAAAGGUUAGAUUCAAAUCCCUCACCACCUCCAAUAAAAAAAGAUACAGGGUCUUACGAACUAGCCAUCUUAGCCAUGUUCACAGGUUUGGAAUUAGUGUUCCUGUCACCUGAGAGGUUUGAGGUUCAUAUGUUGUUAAAUUGUUACACCUGAUGUUUUAGUGGCCCAUAUUUUCCAUAUCAGCAGCCCUGUUACCUUGGUGGGGGGUUCUUUAUAAUUGAGUUUAUAUUGAGGGUAUAUAUUGAAAGUACAUAGGCGCAUUAUAAUGAGAAGCAAUGAAUGAGGUUUAAGUAAUUUUGAACAAACCAAACCACUGAAAAUCUGGAAAAUGUAAUACCAAGGAAAAGGAUGAAAGAACAGUUAGUUGUAACAGUAUAUAGCUUUGAAACAAGAUGGUUACAAAUUCUUCAGAUCAAUAUGCUUUGAAAAUGCUUUUUUUAAUUUAUUAUUUAAGGAUUCAAUAAAAAUAUUGUCCAGUGAUGUGAUAAAUUCUUAAGAGAGCACAUGAAGUGUCCACUAUGAGAGGAUGUUUUUCUGUCCAUUUUAUCUGUCUGGUCUGCUGGCUUCUGGAAGUAGAAACACUUGCUUUAUACUGUGCAGGAAAUCUACAUGUCAAGGCAAGCUGAACUGUUACGUUCUUUCUAUUCUGCUUUUCAAUGGUAAAAGGAAGUUAAAAACUGACAGAUUAUUUUAGCCAUACGUGUUUAUUUAAUUUAAACUGAAGAACGUUUCUAAAAGAGCACUCAUAUUGGAUGUGCAGUAUCAAGUUGAAAUUUGAAAAUGGUGUUUUAUAUAUGAUCAUGGAUCCUGGUAGGAUGUAGAGUCAACCUUUUCUAUGGAACAGAUUAAUAUUUGUGCAUCUCCACAUUUUUUGUCCUGUGUCACUUUUGAAUUUUUGCUCUGGUUUCAGUUUAGAAUGAUGUACUGUAAAUAAUGCAAAACUAAUAAAUCUGCCCUGAGAACUA